AUUGUUAGUUUCUACUUUUACCGUUAGCCAAAACAUCCUUGUAUGUUGUUUUUGUCAAUAACAACGACUUAACAAUCAUCCUGUUUUAUUGUUUUUAGUUAAACUGAAAGUUAUUUCAUCUAUAAAAUGAAUAUUAUAAAUGAUAUGAAUCAGUUUUGUCAUGCCCUACCAAAAGUUGAAUUACAUGCUCACUUAAACGGAUCUCUCAGUCGUUCUACAAUGCUGCAAUUACAAAGACAAUACGCUGAUGCAGGAAUAUCAGAUAAAACGAAUGCAUUUUUUGAUGAAUUUCAAAUUGGUGCUGGGGAUACUAGGAAUUUGUCAGAUUGCUUUCAAGUAUUUAAUAUAGCUCAUACAUUGACAAGUACUCCUGAAACUCUAGCAUUAGCGACAAGUCUUACUCUAAAAGAAUUCCAAGACGAUGGCUGCUGUUAUAUUGAACUGAGGAGUACCCCAAGAGACACUAGCCAUAUGACAAAAAGGCAAUACGUUGAAACCAUUGUACAGACAAUGCAAAAUUCAUCUGAAGAUUUGAAUAUAAUUUCAGCAUUUAUUAUUUCAAUAAAUAGAAGUAAUGGGAUUUCUGAGGCAGAAGAUAUAGUUAAUAUUGCUAUUGAGUACCAUAAGAAGUUCUCAGAUAUUGUUGUGGGUCUUGAACUCAGCGGCAAUCCGGCCCUUGGGAAGUUUGAAGACUUCAUUAGCAUAUUUGCAAAAGCAAGAAAUGCUGGCUUAAAAGUAAUAUUUGCAAAAACAUGUUGAUUGUUUAAAAAGCAAAUAACACUCGGACUCUUUGAUUGUCAAGUCACAUUACCUAUGUAUUAUCACUGCAUUCACCCAAAUUUUGGUGGUACUAAACAAACUUGGGAGGCGCUAUGUACAUCAAAAAUUCCUGUUGAGGUUUGUCUUACCAGUAAUGUAAAUACAAAAUCAGUUGCAGAUUAUUCUUCACACCAUUUUAAAUACUUACUUAGUAGUGAUGUUCCAGUUAUUCUUUGUACCGAUGAUAAAGGAGUUUUUGCUACAUCUCUGACUCAAGAAUAUAGUAUUUGCAUCGAUACAUUUAAAUUGGAUAAAGCCGAGCUAGCCAAAUUAGCUCUUAAUUCUACGAAAUUUAUUUUUGCGACAGACAAGCAGAAAUUACUUUUUGAUAGAAUAUUAAAUUUUAUUGAUAAAAAUGAACAUUGAGAAUUGGAAAAAUAAGGGUUACAAACUACGACAAAUAAAGU